AUGGGAACUCAGACUUCCAAACCGUUGCAUGGCGACGAGGAACGGAGGAAUCGGUUUCGACGGCCUCGAACUCCGGUCAAUAACCAGUCGGAUACUAGUAUGGAAAGCAGCAGCAGCAGCAGCAACACUAAUAACAACAAGACGUGGCCCUGUUCCAAUUGUCAUGCCAUUAUCAGCCAUCCGGAAAAGUCCAAAUGUCCCUACUGCGGGGGGAUACAAGUCAAAAUCCCACAAUCUCCCACUUCCAAGGCCAUCAACUCGAAUUUACUCCUCGAACGACUCGCCGCCACACCCACUACACCGGUCAAUCGAAAAGAAAUUGAUGCCAGCAAAAUACGAGCCUUCUUGUCCGAAAGUGCCACCACGAGUACCAUGGAUGAUGACGAAGAAGAAGAAGAAGAGGAAGAUAUCCCCACAACUUCAGAACCACUACAGCUAUUCGACAGUAGAAACAACAACAACAAUCGACCCGCUUCCGCACUCUCCCAAUCUUCCUCCAUUUCACAAAACUUUAACUUGCCAAGACAACCGCCAAGACAGUCUCCACUACCAAUACACGCAUCAGCAGCAGCAAGACAGUUGCCCAGUCCUCUCAUGACAGUAGUUACCACCACCAAUAGACCACCCGAUCCAGUGGCAUUGACGCUGGAGUCGACUCCCUUGCGCAGUGGAACUCCUUCUCCACAACUACUACUCGCCAAACAACAGCAACAACAACAGCAACACCAAGAACAGACUGCUACCAAACGAAAGUCCACGGAUGCCGCAGAAGUUGUGCCCAAGAAGAAAAUGGUGUUGCCAUGA